AUCAGGUAAAAGGGUUUCUCUGUUUUCUUCUUUUUUUACUCCUUCUAAGUCUAAAAGGCAAAAUAUGCAAAAUAACCCUUUCCUCUCUCAGUCAAUGCUUAUUGUAUUAAGCCCUGUAAACCAGGUUCUAGUGUGUCAGAGAAGUUAAUGUGAUUUCGAAGAAACAGCUAUUCCGAGGAAACUGAAACUGCCUUGCCUUGCCUAUUUAAGCUAGCAAGGAGGGGCCAGGAAUUGCAAAAGCGUACUGUUCUACUGUGCACUUCCUACUAUGCACCACACCUUUUUUAUCUGUGACGCUUAACAGAGAAAUAAAAGCCAGCAUGAAAGAAGGAAACCUCUCUGAUGUGGAUGUUUCACGCUGCUUUGCAAGCAUUAUCAAUGGUGGGGUUGUGUUUCUUCCUCUUCUUCGCCGCAUGUUGUAUAAGCACAGCUGUAGGACAAGAAUGCCCUACAUUUACUAACCUUACUGUGGCAGAUUCAGUAAUUGGUACAAAUCUGAAAGUGCAACUGCUUUUGUACACGAGAAGAAACAAAGACUGUGCUGAGAAGCUCCAUGAAUUCAAUCUAACUUCUACACAUCUAGAUUUGACCAAGAAAGUGAUCAUGGUUAUCCACGGUUACAGAUUUACAGGUUCUCCUCCAGUAUGGAUUUAUGAAAUUAAAGAUCAACUUCUUGAAAAAGGAGACAUCAACGUCAUAAUAGUAGACUGGAAUCGGGGGGCCACAACCAUAAUUUAUUCUAAUGCUGUUUACAAUGCUAAGAAUGUAGUAGAAAUCUUGAAGAACUUUAUUGACCAAAUGUUGGCAAAUGGACUUUCACUCGACUCCAUUUACAUGAUUGGAGUGAGCCUUGGGGCUCAUAUAGCUGGAUUUGUUGGAAAAGCAUACCAUGGCAAAAUUGGCAGAAUUACAGGGCUUGACCCAGCAGGGCCAUCAUUUACUGGGAAGUCCCCCAGUGAAAGACUGGAUCACACUGAUGCCCAGUUUGUAGAUGUUAUUCAUUCGGAUAUUGAUGGGACUCAGUAUUUCAAAUGUGACCAUCAGAGAUCUGUUUUUUUGUACAUGGCAUCCUUGAAACACAAUUGUCAUAUAUAUGCAUACCCUUGUGAUUCAUAUGAGGAUUUUACAAAUGGAAAAUGUGUGAGCUGUGAAGCUUUCCACCCACUUCCAUGCCCGAUACUGGGUUAUUAUGCUGAUCAAUGGAAGAACCAUUUAAUUGAAAAGAAACCUCCAGUGACAACAGCUUACUUUGACACUGCAGACAAAGAACCAUUCUGCAUGUAUCAUUACUCUGUGGAUAUUAUUACCUGGAACAAAAGCAAUAGAAAUGGUUUCAUAAAUAUCAAAAUUAUAGAUAAUGCAGGAAAUAUCACAGAAUCCAAAAUUAAGAGUGAUGCAGCCACAUUUCAGCAAUAUAAGCAAACCAAUAUAUUGGCUGGAUUUUAUUUGGAUUUCCACAGUGUAUCAAAAAUUGCCUUAACAUUUUCUACAAAGAAUGUAAUAGGCCCAAAGUACAAGCUUAGGGUCCUCCAAAUGAGAUUAAAAUCUAUGUCAGAUCCAGAAAGGAUUCAGCUAUGUAGAUAUGAUUUUAUACUGUUGGAUAAUACUGAAACAACCUUCAGGCCUAUUCCAUGCCUUAAGACCAAUAUGUGAAAUGAUUAUCUCUUUAAGUAUUUUCUCUUAAGCAUGUUAUACACAUGAAGAUUACAACAGCCAUGAGAAAUGGCAUGAAGGCCAAGAAGACAAAUUUUCAAACAACAUGGCUACUUUUUGAGGAUCAGACUGAACUUCGACAAGAAAUUAAAAGUUGUAAUGUGCUAAGAUGCAUCCUGCAAUCCACUGCCGAUUGACAAGAAGGGAAUCAAUGCUGUGAAUUAUCUUCCAUGCUGACUUGUACUGCAAAUCUGGCACCCAAGAAUAAUUGACUGAACUUAACAGUGAACACAACUUUGAUGCUAUGUGUAGAAUUACAGUGCAUAAGAACAUAGUUUUUUUGAAGUUUUGUAUUUGACAGAUGUUGUUCCUUUUAAUGUGAAUUUGAGAUCAGGGAGUUCAGGCCACCCUUUGGGCUUAUGUACAAUGGAACAAGAAAAUCUUUGGUGAACAGGGUAUUGUGAACAUCGGGGUCCACAGACUCACAAGGACUUGCACGAUUGGGGCAGUAAUUGAUACAAUAUGAAUAGUGCAAACUGACCAGAGAACCAAAAUCUGUUGACCUAGUCAGGCAUUCAAUACCUAUGAUUAUUUAAUAGGUAAAGGGUCUUUCUAGAACAUGCAAGCUAUUCCUACUCCCUAGAGCCAGGCAUGUUGAACCUCACAGCCCUAUGGGCCAAAUGUGCCAUCCCUAUCUGAUCCUCUGGAGUUCCUGGGUGGUCAUGUCCCCUUCCCUCCAACCAUAAAUCACUGAUGAUUUCCUGGCUUGGGCCCAAUUCUUUAUUCUGACAAGAUUGAAAUAUCUCUCCUAAGGAUUAAUUACUGGCAGUAAGAGACUCAAGAUAAAAUAUGCUGGAGUUUGAGGGCAUUUCUGGUGUUCUUGGCCUUGCCUGCUUUUGUUGUCAACAUCCCCCACCACCAUAAUACAACCCCCAUGAGUGCCUCCAGUGCUGAUUUUGGUACUCAAGCUGACAUCCAUAAAAGCCGCUCUCUAGCCAGUCAUGCCACACAAAGGUUGCACAGGGUGUACAUCAGUUUCUAGAAUGUAGGAAUAGCUUGUGCAUUUUAGGUAGCUCUUUGACACAUGAUGCAUGUGUUUAUUUUUUUAAAGUAUACAGAGCUCAAUGUGAUUUAUUUCCUAAUAGAUGUACUUAUAAUUAGGACACUAGCUCUUUAAUUUCUGCUUUCAUGCAACCCUAACCCAUGUAUAUUUUUAGUUUAUGUUUAAUUAAAUUGUAUUUAUUUUAAGCCAAGGGCAUGUUGCUAAUACUAAAGUAAUACAGAAAAGAUUUCUCUUUGGAGCCAGUGACAAUAACAUGGAGUAUACUUUUCAUGAGCUUCUUGGGAGUCAUUGAUGUUUUUAACAUCCAGACCAGAAUUGAUGGAGCCAUAAUUCGUAUAUAAUCCCACCUAAUUCAUAUAGAAAGCAAAAUAUUGUAAAUGUGGUUUUUUUUUACUUUUAACAGUACAGGUAGUGUGCAGAAGUCAUAUGGAACCCUUCAUGCUUCCACAGUUGAUUACUCCAGGCAAUGCUUCCGUUUCUGGCUCCAGUAGUAGAACAGAAAAAUAUACUUGAAAAAUUGGACUGACAAAGAGGAAAUAAGAUGAAGGAAAGCGUGUUCACUGUGGCUUUAUCAUGUACCCUUUUUAUUGCUUUAAGUAAGCUCUUCCCACUGCUAGUUUUAUCUGUAAAGUUCUCCCUCACAUCAUGAUCAUCAGAAAGGCUACUGUGGCCUGAUCCAGCAAGGUUUUUCUUAUUUUCUUGUAGGUGAAUGCAAGGGACACAUGAAAAGAAACAUGACUGGAUAAAUACAGAAUAUUGAAGGACAA